AUGGAGGAUGAACGAGCUACGGCUCCGGCUAUGAACGAGGCAGGUGGCGUGGAAUCAUCACCCAUCGGUCCUUCCAAUUUAAGCGACACCGAUGGGAUACAAGAGUCAGAAUUCGAGUUUGAUCUUGAAAGACUGUUGCAUGAUCAGCCCUUGGAUCAGGAUGAAGAAGCCUAUUUUCCAUCCCCGUUCAGCUCCGCAGAGGACCUGCUGAGUCAAGAUCUAAUCCAGGGAUCAUCCUCAGUCGAGCCGGACGAUGUGGACCGAAGAAAUACUCUCAUCCAGUCCAUUGAAUCUGAGGAACCAAGUUUCAAGAUGAAUGAAGAUGAUUACGCAGAGAUGCGACUCUCGUUGGGAAUAUCAGGGCAAGCAGGAUCUGUCGGCCACAAGAAAUCGGUUGCAGAUAUUCCCAGCCCGACGACGCCUGGAACACAGAUAGCACAGGAGGCGGGCACUUUAGUUGACCAACUUGAGUCUCCUCUUCAAGGCUACCGUCGUCGUCUGGGUCGGAACCUUGUCCAAACAUCAAACGAGACUCCAGAGGAGUCCAUCAAGCGUCCCAGAUCCCAACGGAAGCGACCGUACGAGUUAUUGGAACAGGAGACUGCAGCCAUCUUGAAUGACUGGAAUCCCGCCACCCAAAUUGCAGCACGCUAUACGAACGAAACAGCAAGAAAACUCAGGAAGUCGAAAGCCAUAACGACGGUUCCUUCGGAGCAGAAGCCAAAGCUUGAUAAAGCCGCACUUAUAACCUGUACGCCUUGGAGAGUGCUUCCCAACGCCCGCCUCGAGGUUUUGAUUCGGGCGAAACGUAAAGUAGUACCUGCAAGCUAUGAAAAUGUUGAUGGCGCUGGGCUAGGGUUCGAAGAGUUAUUGGAGGAAGAACAGGCAUUAUUGGUACAAGGCGAAGUCAGAGGACGACCACCAGAAAUUCUAGCACGACGAGUAGCACUAUUGCCACGGUCGCUACGAAUUCCGUUCGAUCUACCCCAGUCCGAGCUGCGAGACCAAGAGGUCGACCAAAGUGACGAGGUCGGCCUCGAAUUCGACCUAGCACAUCAAAAACGUAGACGAAGUGUUCAUCAUAUCUCGAGAACUGAGUUGUGGAAAAGGUGA